AUGCCAAGAAAGUUUUUGGGUAAUAGGAUUGAAAAGAAUGUCGAUGCGAUCAGGCCAUCUUCUCUAACAUUAACUCCUGAUGACUUGAAAUACAUACCACCAAUACCACAAGAUUUUGAAGAUGAAGAUGAUAAAGUUUUAUGUAACGGCAAUAGUGAAAAUAGAUUGUCUAAAAGAUUUGGUGGUACUUUGAUAUUAAGGAAACGGCUGGAAUCCGUUCCAGAAUUGUUUUUGCAUGACUUCAAGAAGAAGCCAGGCCCUCAACUUGACAUUAUUAAAGAGAAAAAAUUCACUGGAAUACGAGCUCCCAAAGGAGUAGCUAAUUCCGAAAGCAAUAUCUUACGAUUACGAGGAAGAAAGAAGGUAGAACCAGUGUCAAUUCAAAGAAAAAGCCUACGUAGGCCAACACUGCCAAAACCUGCAGUAAUGCAACCUGUACAGCAUAAGAAGCAUCCCAAUCAUAUUAUUGACCGAGUGUUUGUUUCUCGACCGGCCCCAAUUGUAAUGCCUGUACAAGGCCUCACUCCAAUCGAUCCGGUCCCGCUAGUGCAAAAACAGACGCAAGAUUACCAUAGAAAAAAUAAAUAUGGUAAAAGCGAUAGUGAAAUAUUAUUUGAUGAAAUCCUUUCAGCCUACGAAAAUGUUUCUGUGAAGAACUCCACUGCUUUAAAUUCAGAAAUUGACAGAAUUAUCGAUAUAUGCACUUCGAAACAAAUAGCUAAAAAAAGUGAAGCAUUUCAGGUACCGUAUGUUGUAUGCCCUGAUGACACGGAGACUUUGUUUUCGUCAGUAACACCGAAAUUGAAACCUGUCAAUUCUAACGCAUUAAAUGAUUUCAUUUCCAGUCCGGAAUACUCUACAUCGGGAUGCAGUACAUACUCUGACCAAUGGAAUUCAGAAGAGGAGCUGCCCGACGUGGAGAGUACAGUAUGGAACACGAAUAAGAGGUCAAUGAGAUCAUCCAUUAUGUCUGAAAGCACUAAUGAAGAAGGCUACUGCACUGCUCUGGAAACUUUGCCCUCAACUUUAUCUGUGGAAGACUUGGAUAUACAUAAUAAGCUACCAAAAGUUACACAAACAUCACCGUGCAAUACACUUUUGAAUAAACUCUCUCUAAGAAAAUUAAAAAAAAUAACUCUCGAUCCACCUAAAAUAAUGCAUGGUGUGAAUUUCGACGACGAUAGUGAUUAUGGCGGUGACAAGGAUGAGGAAGAUACGGCCUUGGAUAUUUUGCGAGAAAAAAUCGACUGCAUUGAAAUUGAAAGUUGCAGUAGUAGCAUGUACAGUGAAUAA